GAUUGCCGGAGAAAUGUAUAAAAGAUUUUGACACGAGCGUUUAGGCAUCAGUCGCUCAUCAGGUAGCAUCCGAAACCAACCAAAAAUUCCAAAAUGAAAUUGAUCGUUUGCGUCGCUCUCGCCAUCCUGGCCGUGGCCGCCGCCGCGCCCGCCACCCCCGUGCAGGGCGAGCCUGUGAAGAUCCUUCGCAGCGAGUUCGACCAGGAACCCGAAGGCGGUUACCAAUUCAGCUUCGAAACCGAAGAUGGUACCUCCAGGCAAGAGAAGGGAGAAUUGAAGUCUGCCGUCGAUGAGGAGAACAAGCCCCAUGACGUCGUUGUUGUCCGCGGAUCCUACUCCUACACCAACAAGGAGGGCGUCUCCGAGACCGUCCAGUACUACGCCGACGAGACCGGCUUCCACGCCGAAGGACCCUCCAUCCCCAAGUAAACAACUACCAACGACUAUGGACCAACCGAUACUCGACGAAACCAAACACGGCUUGAGUUUGCUCGGUUUGCGCCAGCAAAACCAACCGUGUUGUUUGUAUUACAAAUAUAACAUAGGUAAAUAGAGUUGUUGCCAUUAACGCGGGACGGCGAAGCAUCAAACGCCUCUCUUGUUUCACGUUAUUAUUUGAUGCACACUGCCAUAUUUUUUUACAUUUGUACGUUUUUGUUAUAUUUUUACGGAAUGUCGUAAAAUAAAAGUUCGGCAUAAAUAAAA